CGCGGGCGGCGCCGCGGAGGGUGGGGCUGGGUGCGGGGUGACUGCGGCGGCCAUGUCGUUGCAAGAGGACCCGGUGCAGCGCGAGAUCCACCAGGACUGGGCCAACCGCGAGUACAUCGAAGUGAUCACCAGCUCCAUCAAGAAGAUCGCGGAUUUCCUCAACUCCUUCGACAUGUCCUGCCGCUCCCGGCUCGCCACCCUUAACGAGAAGCUGACCGCGCUGGAGCGACGGAUCGAGUACAUCGAGGCCAGGGUAACAAAGGGCGAAACUCUGACCUAACUAGGGAGCUGAUCUGGAGAAGAUUGUGCGGCUGUGCCAGAAUUGACUGUCAGGCAUCUGAUUUCUUCAUUACUUAUUAUUAACAGGACUUCAGCUUGUUUCUGCACCCUGCAAUGCAGUAUCCCUGCCUUCAGUGCAUGGCUCCAGGGUGACUCCAGAGGAAAUUGAUAAAAUGCAAAUGAGCAUGUUGGAUUAAGUGAUUUUAUACAGACAGAUUCGUACAGCUGUCAAAUACUCCUGCACCCCUUAAUCUCUCUCUAAUUCCCAGCUGUGCAUGUAGAACUCCAACACUUUGUAGCUGCAGAAUCUCUCUGACCAAAGGUCACUUUGUGGAAAGAAAACUUCUCUUGGGAGCUGACCAGCUGAGGAAGAGAGUGUCCGUGCUGUUCAUGGGCCACUCCACUGGUGGUUUCAGUUCCUUUAGCAAAGUGGUUCUCAACCAGGGGUCUGGGGACCCCUUGGGGGCUGCAAGCAGGUUUCAGGGGUCCUCCAAACAGUGCCAAUUAGACUCACUUGGGCCCAGGGCAGAAAGCCAAAGCCCCACUGCAUGGGGCUGAAGCUUGGGGCCCUGAGCCCUGCCACCAGGGGCUGAAGCCAAAGCCUGAGCCAUGUAGCUUCGGUGGAAUCUCUGUGGCAUGGGGCCCCAGGCAAAUGCGCUGCUUGCUACCCCCUAACACUGGCCCUGGCUUUUAUAUGCAGAAAACUAGUUGUUCCACAGGUGGGCUGUGGAGUUUUUAUAGCGGGGGUGGGGGGGACUCAGAAAGAAAAAAGUUAAGAACCCCUGCUUUAGCAAACACUGCAACUUAAAUCUCUUAGCAAAAAUGUCAAGUAUAUCCAUCCUUCCAGUCUGCAAACAGAGCAGUAGAUGUGCUGUGUGUGUUUGGACCGGGGAGAGGAGGCAGGGGAAUGGCUAAUGUGCCAAGAUUAAACUCUCUGGGCAGGGUGGGUUUCAGAGUUUUCUGUAUCUUUUGUAUUCGGUAGUAUCACAUGGGGGUGUCUUCCAUUUGUGUUUCAACAAUAAACUGCCUCUGCUGAUGGGAUCUGA